AUGGCUUUUUGGAAACCUGGAACUGUUGCACCAGGAACGAGCGUUGAUCGGGAGGCAGAAAAAGAAUCGAGUGAAAAUAUUGUGACUUUUGUGAACCUUAGUUCUAAUUUGUCAAUUCAGCAACAAAGGAAGAGACUACCAAUUUUCAAAUCACGUGAUCAGGUACUUUAUCUUGUGGAAAAAUAUCAGACAACCAUUAUCGUUGGGCAAACGGGAUGCGGUAAAACGACACAAAUACCGCAAUAUCUUAAUGAGGCAGGUUGGACAGCUGGUGAUCGCGUUAUAGCCUGUACUCAGCCUCGUCGCGUGGCUGCUACCACAGUUGCCGGACGUGUUGCUUCUGAAAUGAACGUAAAGCUUGGCGAAGAGGUCGGAUAUAGCAUUCGAUUUGAUGAAUGUUAUGAUCCAAACUUAACACGUAUCAAAUACAUGACUGAUGGCAUGCUAUUUCGAGAGACAUUUCUUGAUCCCUUAUUAUCACAGUAUAGUGUGAUUAUGAUUGAUGAAGCUCAUGAACGCAGCUUAUAUACUGACAUUUUAUUGGGAAUUUUAAAAAAAAUUCAGAAGAAAAGACCCGAGUUAAGAAUUAUCAUUUCCUCUGCCACAUUAGAUGCAGAAGUAUUUUAUGAUUUUUAUAACACAAAUUCAACAAAUGAUUCUAGUAAGGAUAAUGUUUCCAUAAUUUCUUUGGAAGGAAGGACAUUUCCAGUGGAUAUACAUUACCUAGAAGAACCUUGUCAAGAUUAUGUGGAAUCAGCAAUUCAGACCGUUUUCGACAUCCAUGUAAAGGAACCUCCGGGAGACAUUAUCAUAUUUCUAACUGGGCGCGACGAAAUUGAUAAUACUGUUGGGGAAAUUUUGCAAAGAGCUACAACCUUACCUCGAUCGGCCAUGAAAAUUAUGCCGCUACCUAUUUAUGCUGGUUUAUCAUCUGAACAACAAAUGGAAAUAUUUGAACCAACACCAUUUAAUACUCGCAAAGUUGUGGUGGCAACUAAUAUAGCCGAAGCUUCUAUUACGAUAGAAGGAAUUGUAUACAUUAUCGAUUGCGGUUUUGUUAAGUUACGAGCUUUUAGUCCAAAAACUGGGAUGGAAAGUCUUACUGUGGUUCCAGUAUCUAAAGCUUCAGCUCAACAAAGGGCCGGUCGUGCUGGUAGAGUUAUGCCCGGCAAAGCUUAUAGAUUAUACACUGAGGAAUCAUUCUAUCGACUAAGAGACUCCAGUAUCCCGGAGAUACAAAGAAGCAAUUUGGCCCAAGUUGUUCUUCAUUUGAAAGCUUUAGGAAUUGAUAACGUGUUAAGAUUUGACUUUAUGACACCACCUCCUGCUGAACUUAUGAUACGCGCAUUAGAAUUAUUAUAUUCUUUAAGAGCACUUGAUGAUUAUGGUCGUCUCACUAUGCCAUUGGGGAUGCAAUUAGCGGAAUUUCCCUUGUUGGACUCGUAUCAAUUCCAAUGCGCCGAAGAGAUGCUUACUAUUGCCGCAAUGCUAUCAGUUCAGAAUGUUUUUGUCAACUCUUCAACUUCUUCAGCUGAAUUUGAAGAUGAAAAACGAAAAUUUUCAGUUGAAGAGGGUGAUCAUAUAACGUUACUGAAUGUUUUCAACGCUUUCAUCACUCGUGGAAAGAAAUCCGCUAGAUGGUGUCAUCAACAUUGUUUAAAUUUCCGCGCGCUUUCUCGCGCUUUAUCAAUUCGUCAACAGUUAAAAAAGUAUUUAGAAAGGUUUGAUGUCCCAAUUGAAUCAUGUGGGAAUGAUACAGUGAAAAUUAGGAAAUGUCUAUCCAGUGGAUACUUUGCUAAUGCUGCUAAGAUGCAGCCCAAUGGAUCGUUUAGGACCAUUAGAGAUAAUGUUGAAUUGCAUAUACACCCAUCAUCUGUACUUUUUACGCGUAAUGCCCCUUGGGUCAUUUUUCAUGAAGUUGUCGAAACUACUAAAGCAUUUAUGCGUGAAUUAACAAUAAUUGAUCCUGCUUGGCUAACUGAAUUAGCUCCUCAUUUUUAUGAGAUCAAGAAAACGACAUUACCAGCUCAUUGA